GGAUACAUCACAUCAGCUUUUCCCCAGCACAGCACCCCAGAGGAUACCCGAACCACCUUCGCCAUGAGAACGCUCCUAGUCUUUAUCACCUGCUCACUGGCUGCUGUGAUGGCAGCUCCUCCUCAAAACAAAGGAAUAUUCAUUAACCUGGAGAACGGCGAGUUGUGUUUCAACAGCCUCCAGUGUAAAAGCUCCUGUUGUCACAGGACCUCAGGGGUCAGCUUGGCUCGAUGUGUCCAUUUAGCAGCCGACAAGCAAGAAUGCUCUGUAAAGACUCUAUAUGGGACCUACUACCGCUGUCCGUGUGAAAGUGGUCUCAAGUGUAAGUCUGGCAUCAGCAUCGGUGGUUCCAUCACAAACACCAACUUCGGAGUCUGUUACGAUCCCCGUGACACGGCAGAAUCUUCUUAAACAGACACACCCUGUCCCACUCAACUGCUCCAGCACUCUCCUGCUAACACUGACAAAACGGUUCUGCGGUUGCAGAUGCUGUUUCUCUUAAACACCGCACAGCUUGGAUGACAUCCUCACAGCAUUCCUGGAUAGCAAUGGAGUGGAGUGACCCCCCCCUUUACUCUAUCAAAUAAAUCAGUGCUUUGCAACAGA